GUAAUUUUUCUUUUGACUAUGAUCAAAAAACGCCCCAAAUUCCAUAUAAUGCGGUAGCAACGACCCUCUUAACCAAGAAUGGUAUUUCGUCGCCGUGCAGUCCCUGUUCACCUAGCAGUAGAAUCCGGAGAUUUCCCCAAAGUAAGGGAACUCAUCGAACAUAAACCACACAUAAUCCACUCUCGAACACAAAGCGAAGGAAAGUCGCCCCUCUACAUCGCGUGCGAAAAAGGCCACCUAGAAAUCGUCAAGUACUUGCUCGACUGGGGCGCCGAUGUCAACGUCAGGACUCUCACCGGUCUUUCACCUUUGUACAUAGCAUCUCGAAACGGACACUUCGAGAUUGUUAAGAACCUCGUCUUCAGAGGUGCGAACAUCAACACUCUCACUAGGAGUGGAGUGACUCCUUUAUUGACAGCUUUAACAAGAGGCCACGACCAAAUUUUCGUGUUUUUGUGUGACCAAGGGGCAAAUUUGGACCAGGAGUACCGCAAAGGCAAAAUUUUGCAUAGAGUGGUAUCAGGGGGGAAAUUGCCUCUGGUGAGGUUCUUGGUGGAAGAGAAACAAAUGAAUGUGAAUGUUGUAGGACCAAAACACCUGACACCUCUUUAUAAAGCGGCGUCAAAAGGGUACACAGAAAUAGUAAAAUUGUUAGUUAACCGAGAAGCUAAUGUUGACGCAGUGGUGCUCAAGAGUGGUACCCCUCUAUACAUAGCGGCCAAAAAAGGGUACUUGGAUAUUGUCAAAGUGCUCGUUUCGAGAGGAGCUGAGGUCAAUCUUGUGGCACCAGGAAACAAGUGCACGCCUUUGUAUGCAGCAGUGUCUUCCAAGAGAGAAGAAAUUGUAGAGUUUCUUCUGCAUCACGAUGUCGACGUGAACCAAGAGUCGAAAAAAGAUGGAAAUACGCCCUUGCAUGUAGCAGCUGAAGCUGGAAACUUAUACAUGGUGAAACUCCUAGUCAACAAUAAGGCUAAACUAGAAACUAUUAACAAAAGAGGAGUAACACCGCUCAGGCUAGCCGAAAAGCACAGACACUACCACGUUGUGGAUUUCUUGAAACAAAGAAGUGCGUUUGUGAGGAAAUACAAAGCCCGCAGAGACCACAUCCUUGUAGCGGUAGAAAAAGGUAAAGAAGAUUUCAUCCAGUGGUACCUAGAAGGAGACAAAACCUUAGUUAACCUAGUAGAUGAUAAAGGUAACACUCCUCUACAUAAAGCAGCAGAAUAUGGUGAAAUGGCAAUUGCCAGACGACUAGUACAAGCAGGUGCCAACGUCAACGCUUUAAGUAAAAUUGGCCACACUCCACUUUCUCUUGCCAUAAAGACCUACAACCACGACAUGGUGGAAUACCUCCUUCAAAACCACGCCGAUGUUUAUGUUAACAUCACCACCGCAACCCUCUGUGCAGCUUUGGACGCAGCAAUAAUGAACGACAACAUCAACAUAGUGCAAAGUUUAGUGUCAAGAAAAUUCGACGUGAACUUUCACCUCUUCGAUGGAGACACUCUCCUCCACAAGGCAACGCACUACGGCCAAGAAGAAAUUGUCAAGUAUUUGGUCCAAAACCACGCCGUUCUCAAUAUUGUCAACAAGAAAGGGUUAACACCACUAUGUUGCGCUUGCAACGAAGGACACUCGGAGAUCGUAGAAUUCUUUUUAAACAAUCGAACUGACGUCAAUGUUUUUGGACCGAAGGGCUACACACCGUUGUAUGGGGCAGUUGCGAACAACCAUUUGGACAUAGUGCAAAUGCUAUUAAAAACUAAAGCUGCUGUCAAUAUAACCUUCGACAACGGCGAAACUGCUUUACACCAAGCGGCUUACCACGGCAAUACAGAAAUUCUAAACGAGUUGAUUCAAGUGGGGAAGGCUAAAGUGAAUGUUGUUAGUAAAAAGGGCUUCACGCCUUUGUACUUCGCAGCUAGAGAAGGCCACUGGAAAACUGCUAAGUCUCUGAUACAUUUCAAAGCGGAUAUCAAUCUAGGCAAAGCCUUAGGUUUUGCUCCCUUGUACGGUGCGGCGGCUAGUGGAUGUCUAGAAAUCGUGGAAUAUCUAGUGGAUCUAGGGGUCAUUGUUACUGAUUCUUUCAUUGGUGGUAAUAAAGCUUUGCAUCACGCAGCACUACACGGUCACCUUAAUAUUGUUCAGUACUUGUUACAAAAGGGUGCUGAUAUUAACGCGAUCAAUAACGAAGGGAUGACGCCGAUUUGUUUAGCUGCGAAAGAAGAACAUAUGGAUGUUGUUAAAUUUUUGCUGGAUCAAAAUGCUCUAAUCAAAAUAGGGCAUCAAGCUGACUUGAUCCAUGUGGUUAGAAGCACCGGAAAUGAAAAACUAAUCAAACUAAUUUUUAAGUAUCGAUAA